AUGGAUUCUGUUCUUCUCAAGCGGGCAGAUGCCUGUGACCCUGGCAAUGAAUUUGACGGCCGCAUGGGACUGCGCAUCUCUUCCAUCUUUGUGAUCAUGGUUGGCUCCAUGUUCGGAGCUGUAUUCCCUGUAUUCGCCCGCCGCUUUGGCAAGGAUGGCGGGUUCCCCAAGUGGUGUUUUUUCAUCGCCAAGUAUUUUGGAUCCGGUGUCAUCAUCGCAACUGCCUUCAUUCACCUCUUGGCUCCGGCCGAGGAGGCUCUGACAAACGAGUGUCUGACCGGCCCCAUCACCGAAUACAGCUGGGUCGAGGGCAUUGUUCUUAUGACUAUCAUUGUGCUGUUCUUUGUCGAGUUGAUGGUUAUGCGCUACUCUAGCUUCGGUCAAGGCCAUGUGCACGACGAAGAGGGCCACUCUCACAUCCAGAUCGAAGAGCCUACUGUCAGCGAAGUUGGUGAGAACAAGAACCACUUCGUCGGAGAAGACCACCUCGGCCACGGUCGCGAGCAUCACGACAGCGACUCCGAAAAGGGCCCCCAGGCAGUCGAGGACUAUACCGCUCAACUCACUUCGAUAUUCAUACUGGAAUUCGGCAUUAUCUUCCACUCUAUCUUCAUUGGCCUCACUCUUGCAGUGUCUGGAGCCGAAUUCACUACACUUUACAUCGUCCUUGUCUUCCAUCAGACCUUCGAAGGUCUUGGUCUUGGUUCCCGUCUGGCCACUGUCCCGUGGCCCAAGUCAAAGCGCCUCACCCCCUACAUCCUGGGCUUGGCCUUCGGUAUCUCGACCCCCAUUGCCAUUGCCAUUGGCCUCGGUGUUCGAAAGAGCUACCCGCCAGAAGGACGAACCACCCUCAUUGUCAACGGUGUCUUCGACUCUAUAUCUGCUGGCAUUCUGAUCUAUACUGCCCUUGUCGAGCUGAUGGCGCACGAGUUCAUGUUCAGCACUUCCAUGCGCAAGGCUCCUAUCCGUGAUGUGCUUAUUGCGUUCGGCCUGCUGUGUGCCGGUGCUGCCCUCAUGGCCCUGCUGGGCAAGUGGGCUUAG